AGUCGAAAUGGAUGAUGAGCCAAGUACAGACAAGGCGUCUGUGACAUGGCUGAAGGAUGUAAUGCCCAACAAGACCGGCUGGGAGCAACCAUUCAGUGAAGAAAAGCUCACACGUGUUUUGGACACAAAGCAAAAUGGGAGUGAACAUGUGGCACGUGUUUAUUCUACAACCCUGAUGCGAAAAGAUUUUCAGACCUUGGGAUUGGAACGCAAUGUGGAGGCAACAAUUCUGAAUUGCUGUUUCAAGAAAAUUGAAGACCUCAGCAAAUUGCAGGGCAUCCAAGUCUGGACGUCUAACAGCUAUGUGAAUGCAACACUGAUUCCCCCACUUUGUGCAGAUCCCAUGUUACAUAUCCCUGUUGAUGCUUCCACAAAAGACUGCAUUCUAUUUCCAUCGUGGAUCAAGUCACACUGGAUGCUGUGUGUAAGAGGGUUGCUCAGACUGUCAUCCCUGGCCAUUGGACUGAGAUCUCCUGUAAGGAUCUUCCAGAGAUUCCAAUGCAGCAUUUCUCCAAUAAUUGUGGGGUCUUUGUGCUCAUGUAUGGCCUGUACAUUUCUCUGGGGGUGGCUUUUGACUUUUCUGAGGCUAAUAUGUCAAGAAUAAGAAAAUGGUGGUGUGUACUGCUACUUGAAGACUCGGGGUCUCCUACAGAUCGGAAAAGGCACAGAAAAGAUGCGGAGGUUGAAGGCCCGUGUGAAGUCAAAACUGCCAUGGACCCAACAGGAGGCCUUGCUGAUCUACCACCAGAGGUACUCAGUCACAUUCUUCUAGAUGUCGUUUAUGAAGAAGGAGACAAAGCCUUUCACACUCUGUCACUAGUGUGCAAAAAGUUUAAUGAGACCGUCCACUAUCCAGGUUUCCUAAAAAAAGCUCACUUUGCCUGGCUGGACAGUGUCGUUGACUGGAAGUCAGUCAAUCCGGAUGUGAGGGAGGAAUAUAGGGUGGCGUUUAAGCUCACCAGAUGUGAUGCCUGUGGAUUCCUCUACAAAAACACCACUGGAUAUUGCGGCAAUGGAAAGAAGGGGGUCUUUACUGCGUUCUAUUCAGAUAGACAAUUUGAUGGCUUCUGUUCUAUGGACUGCUACUAUAGUAGGAAUGAGUAAUAGAGGAGUGAGUAACAGAGGAGUGAG